UAAAAAAUAGAGUCUUCCAUCCACCAGCUAUUUUAUUAUCCACUCCCCAGGGAGUGGCCGCGUCAUAGAGCACAUAAAACAGUCAUUUUGACUUUCACGCGUCGUUCCAAAUUAAACAAUAAAAAUAUACAGCUUGUCGCCCCACUCCUUCUCCACUCCACCUAUAUAUUCAUUCAUAACAAGCGUCUCCUCGCUCACCCUCGCACACAUUUCGUGAUCUCAUUUUAUUCUUCAAGUUCAACACCUUCUCACGCUCACACUACUCAUCCAUCUCGUCUCGCAUAUCGGAUCUUUUAAGCUUAACGAAAACUGUUUCUGUUUCUGCCUCUCCUGAACCGAAAUCUUCGUAUUCUAUUUUGUCUCUGUGUUGUUUGUUUUUUAGAAACAAUUUUUAAGUGAAAAGAAAAAGAGAAAAUGAGAAUGAAGCGGGAAUUUGCCUGUAUCAGUGACGAGGAGAGGAGAGAAGAGGAAAUAAUAACUUUUCCUUCGCCGCAAAAGAAAUUAGUUGUGGUUGGUUACGCUCUUACUUCCAAGAAGACCAAGAGCUUCUUGAAGCCAAAGCUUGAAGGCUUGGCUAGGAACAAGGGGAUAUUGUUUGUUGCUAUUGAUCAAAAGAGGCCCCUUUCAGAUCAAGGCCCUUUUGAUAUUGUGUUGCAUAAGUUAACGGGAAAGGAAUGGCGCCAGAUUCUUGAGGAUUACAGACAAACUCAUCCUGAAGUCACAGUUCUUGAUCCUCCAGAUGCUAUUCAACAUUUACGCAAUCGCCAAUCCAUGCUCCAGUGUGUUGCUGAUAUGAACUUGUCCAACUCCUAUGGUAAAGUUGGCGUUCCCAAACAGUUAGUGAUUGAAAGAGAUGCAUCAUUAAUCCCUGAUGUUGUUGCCAAAGCUGGACUGAAUCUACCUUUGGUUGCAAAGCCUUUGGUUGCAGAUGGGAGUGCAAAGUCACAUGAACUUUCACUUGCCUAUGAUCAAUAUUCCCUCCAGAAACUUGAACCUCCACUUGUUCUGCAAGAAUUUGUUAAUCAUGGAGGUGUUCUUUUUAAGGUUUAUAUUGUUGGUGAAGCCAUUAAAGUGGUCAGACGAUUUUCUUUACCUGAUGUCUCCAAACAAGAGCUCUCCAGCACUGCUGGUGUAUUUCGUUUUCCAAGGGUUUCUUGUGCUGCAGCUUCUGCAGAUGAUGCAGAUUUGGACCCUAUUGUGGCUGAGCUUCCUCCACGACCUUUACUUGAGAGACUUGCAAAGGAACUUCGUCGUCAACUGGGUCUCCGCUUAUUCAAUCUGGAUAUUAUCAGAGAACACGGAACAAGAGACCGUUUUUAUGUCAUUGACAUUAACUACUUCCCUGGAUAUGGGAAAAUGCCAGAGUAUGAGCAUAUAUUUACAGACUUCCUCUUGGGCCUAGUACAGAGUCAGUACAAGAAAAAAUCUGGCUAAUGAAUGCUUUGAACGGUUGGUUGAUGCUUAAAAAUUGGCCGGUGCUGUUGAAGGUCCUUUGUGAUAUUGAUGUGGAGCACUACCUGCCUGUAUAUCGUUGGAUUAUCAUGGCCUGAAUUAAGUAUAAGCAAUAUGAGGCCCUGUGGUUCUUUUGGUCUCCUUGUACAUCCUCAUCCUGCUGGCAGCUGGAGGAAUGCAUAUGCAAAAUGCAGAAUAUGCCAACCUCCGAACUUGUGUAAUUACUGUCUUAACAAUCUGGUAGGAAAACUUCUGCUUCUGAAUCCAUGGUAUACACAGUUCUUUAUAAUCCAGCUUGCCUUGAUUCUUGCUGUCUUUCGAGCAAUUUGUGUUGUUCAUCCAAAAUUAAUAUGUAGGAGGCAUUUCGUUUAUAGAUUUGAAUUGUAAAGAGUACAGUAAAUUAGAGCGAUACGCUAGCUACUCCUUCGUGGAUGUGCUAGAUUCAUUAUCUCC